AAAAUUAAGAAAUAAAAAUUUUAUUUAGUAAAUGAAAAACGUUAAAAUGGAAUUUACUCAAAAAACUCGCAUCAAAUAAAAUUUAAAUAAAUGGAAAAGCAAAUGCUUUCAAUUUGAAAUGUGUAGAGGAGCCAAGCCAGUGUGCUGCGAAGUGAUACAAUUCGAAAGAAGUGUAACAGCAACAACAAACUAACAAAUAAAAAGUUUAAAUUAAAUAAAGAGCAAAGUGACGAAAUACAGACAAACAAAAGCUGACAAGAUACAUUACUACAUUCUAGUCAAAUCCGACAGUGGCAACAGCCAAACAAGCAUGCAUACGCACACACACAAACACACACACUUCGAUGCAUACGCUCAGGCACACAUAACAUAUUUGCAUACAAACAUACCUGCGAGCAUUCAUGCCCCUACUCAAGUGUUGAAGAAAUAGUUUUUUGCUCAGCGUAGAGCAGAGCAUUUGAGUAGCGGGCGGGUGUACGGUAUGUGUGGAAGUGUGUAAGUGACAGCUUGAAAAAAUUAAAAACACUUUGGUGAGAUAGAUACAGAAUUGAAACUAUAAACCAACCGGCAAAUGUUAGCUCUUAAGUCUUAAGGUAUUACAUAGUACAAUGACAAAAACAAUAACAAUAACACAAACAAAAUAUAAACAGCAAUAGUAAAUGCCUAUGCAACAACAACACCAUAGAACUGAAGAAGCUAAGCGCAGGGCGAAUUCGCUCCAUAUGUACUCAUACUCAUACUUAUGUAUGUAUGUGUGUAUGUGUUUACACCCUUCGAGCAUAAAGCUGCAAUGACAACAACAAUUCAAAAGUGUAACAAUUGGCGCGCAUAAUACUCGGCAGAAAAAAUCGCACUUCCCCCCCACCCCCCAUAAGUGUAAUAGACACAAACGCAGUCACACACACACAAGUACGGCAAAAACAAAAGCUGCACGCAAAACUAACAUCUUUAACAACAAAAUCACCUCCACCUCCCACCCAAUGAACUAACAAAAAAAAAAUAACAAAAAUAAAAAAUGUAAUCAGGAAAAAUACACCACGAAAAUACUCAUCUCACCGGCAAACAGUCGAAAUACAAAUAACGAGCAGGCGGACGAACUCUUACAACCCACCAGCAGCCUACCGGCCGACCAACUUAGCCGGCCAACCAACCAACCAACCAACCAUCCACCAGCUUAACGAAUUCAGACGCGCGCUCGGGCAGCAGCCAAGAAGCCGAAAAAAAGGCGAGCGAGCGGCAAACGAAGCAGUUGCGGAGAGUGAGCGAGCGGUGGUGCACGAAAAACGGUGAGGUGGUGCGUACCUACACGCACACAAAUGCACAAACAUACAAACAAACGGCAAGCAAACUGCUGAGCUACUGCUGCCAUACGCCCCAACGAGAGAGAAGUGGUAGUGGUGGUGGUUGCGGUCGUGGUCGUAGUCGAGUGUAUGUGGAGCAGACGGCCAGUGCGCUGAGCGUGGAGCGUGAAGCGUGUGUGUGGUGAGCGUUUGCCGCAUCGUAGCAGCUUGCCGCCUGAUAAUUCAUCAGUAUGCGGACGCGUUCCAAACGGUACGGUGCGUUUAAGAAAUAAAUUUCGAGCAGCAGCAGCCGAAGAGCCCCAAAGCAACACAGACAAAGUGUCAAGUCUAAGCAAAAGUUUCCAUGGCAGAGUCGAAAACGGAGUCAAAAUCGAAGUCAACAACAAAUCGGCAUCGGCAGUUGUUGUAACAUAAAGCGCUAAUUGAACCAAAUUUUACGUGGUUUGCAGUAAACGAAUUGAAACAAGAAAUUUGAAUAGAAUUUUUUUUUUGUUUUUUGGAUAAAAAUUAAGCUUUGUUGGAAUGCCAGUUGGUGCUUGUAAAAUCAGUCAAACAUCCUUUGUGAAGUGCAAUACUUAGCUGUGUGUGUUUGUGCUUGCGUGCUUUUGAGCAUAUUUGCCAAUUGUGAGUGUGUACUUGUGUCGAAAAACUUUUGAAAAAUUGUUGUCGUCGUUGCAGAAGUUGGUGCAGUCCAACGAUCGAUCAAACAAUUAACUGGCUAACGAUAGCGCACGUGGUCAAAGCGGUAAACACGCGCGCACGCAGCUACAACGCGUACACGGACCACAGUUGCAAACGCGGUCGGGCUCAGCAAACAAUGACACCCGUUGGAGGCUGUGCAACGACCAGCAGCGAUGCAGCCAAAGAAAGUGCGGCCCCAUAUGAAUGAUGUGCUAUUGCAACAACGGUAAAAUGUAGACGUUAAGUGCGCAAACCACGCCGGCUUUCCACAAAUCGAAGAAAAAACACAAUUCAUAUAUUUGCAAAUAGAAAUUUUUAUAGUUAAAACAAAAAAAAAAGAAUAGUUCGAUAAAAAAUUGGAGCUAAAUUUUCUGUGGUACAAAAGAAAUUAGUUUCCAAGCGAGAAUUUCGCAAAAUUUUUACAUACGAAAAUUUUCACUUAGAAAUUCCAAAACGUCAACUAAAAAAUGUGUUUGAAGAAAAAAAAAAUAGUGAAUAUUUUUAAUAACAAAAAUUAGUUGAAAAACCCAAAUACAAUAAAAUUCAAAGCAAGCAUAAAUAUUUCAAAAUAAGCAAAGUGCAGAGUAAAGAGAGCAAAGUGCAGCCACAAAGCAGAAAAAAAAUUCUCGAAAAUAGCAGAAUUUGAAAAUUCAAGCAAAAAUGUCAUGCGAUAAGCGAUUUUGUGAAAAUGCGAAAAUACGAAAGAUUUCCUCCUCCAAGUGUCUGAGUGCUGUGGCUUGUGAAAAAAUUGAUUUACAUAAAAGCAAAAGUUACCAUUUGUGGCUAGUACGAAGAAAGCAAGAAAAAUAAAAUACAAAAACAAAAAAAAAAAAAUAAAACAAAAUAGCUCCACCAAAGCCAUUAUAACUGCUUCAUCUCCUGCGUGUAAGGGGCUAAGCGAUUUGACCGGCCUAAAACAGCGCACACAAGCGGUGAAAGGGAAAAAGUUCCCCCUCAACUUCAGCUCCGAUUUUAUUAUCGUUCGAUUCACGUUUCGCUUUGGCGCGCCGCCACCACGAACUGACUCCAUUUAAAUUAGUUUUAAUUUCGGGUUUUCGAUUUUUUCUUUUUUUUUUUAAUUUUUUUUUUGUACAAUUUUUCAGGAAUUUAGGUUAAACAGGUUUAGCACUGGCUGCCAGUCAUACAUAAAUACAUAUGUACGUACAAAGUAUUGCUUGUAACUACGUCACUUAGUUGCUGCGCAAAGUUCGGUUAUUCACUGGGUGGCGACGGCGGUGGCGGUGGCGUGUCGCCCGGCCCAGUCACUCAGUGAUUUGUGCAGCGGUUCGGUCAUUCAUUCCGACAAUACUUCAAUGCACAAUUGGCCGACUGCUCACAGCUGACUGACUACCCAAACCGCCUCUAGUUGUGCACCUUUAAAAUAUUUGCCACACAUACGAACAAGUGGCCACGUGUAUAUGUAUAGGUGGAUGUGGGUAUUUGCCAUUCUUCGCAGCACAUUUACAGUUCAUAAAAUGUUGGUCAGUAAGUGAAGGUAGACAAAGCACAGGGAUUCAUUUAACUUUUUCUUGCUGCUUCAUUUAUGUGUGUGCAUUUUUGCUGCUGCCAUCCAUCCACUUGCGCGUUUGUUCCGCAAUUUCAUUUGUCUCGAUUUUUGGGCAAUUUCGAAGCGAUUACUAUAAUUAAAUGUGAACAAAACGAGGAAAUUUGUGCAGCCAAUAUAAUUAGUCCGUUGUCCAGGCAAAGACUUUUUGAUUUUUAGUAGUAUCUUUUUGUUGUUGUGAUUUUUUUCUUUUACAUGUUUAACUGCCUGUUAUUGUUUGGUUAUUGGCUCGUACUAAAGGCGCUGAGCUGGAAACAAGUACGUGUUGCAUUUUUCGUUUAUUUUGACUGGUUCGGCGGCAAAUUGACUCCAAAGCUUAUGCUUGGGUUAAUUUGAUAAUUUAGGGUUAUUGCGCUCGCAUACUCUCACAUAGGUAUGCAUGAGUAAAUGCAAAUAUACGCAUCUGUAUAUAAGAAGAAGAAUGAAAGCACACACAUAGAAAAAUGUGGCAGUGCAGCUGGCAUCCACUCAAACCGGGAAGCUCAACUGGCGGUCGCAUUCUCUGGCUGGCAUUCUGCGCUUGGCUUGUGCUGUCAUGCAUUUUUUUCCUUAAGAGGGAGGCGUUGUUCACUUCAUUGAAGGGGUGGUGCUGUUAAAAAUUUCCGUUUGACCGAGAAAUGCCACAAAUUAGUGAAAGGAUUUUCUGUCGGAAAUCAACAAUCCUUUUCAAAUUACAUACUUUUUUAUUAUUCUUUUUUGUUUUUUUGCAAGAAAGGUAGCAAAAUCAAGGUUAUGCUCGCUUUUUUUCCUUUUUUCCAAAAGUGACUGGAGCAGAAUGCAAAGGCGUUGAGUUUCGAAAUGAAAUCAAGUGGGCAAUGAAAUGUGGGUCAAAUGGACUGUAGCGUAGAACAUUUAGUGUUAACUGGUUUUUCGUUUCAUAAAAAAAAAAUUAUAAAAAUGUGAGCAAACAAAAAGCUACUGGAUUUAUCGCAACUCUGCUGUUUAGUUAAUGAAUUCACAAAUUUUAUUUAUACUCGCAUCUUCGCAGCUUGACAAAAGGCGUUGGAGAUAAAUUUCGUUUUUUAAUUAUAAUUUUAGUUUCUAUUUAAAAGUCUAAUAUAUUCAAAUUUACUGCCUUUACUGUUGGCCAUAAACAACGAACUGUUAUUUCUUGUCUUCUUCGUUUUAAUAAAAAAAGUUAGUUAAAAGUAAAAAAAGUUAGUUAAGAUAUCUCGAUCUAGUUUUCAGAAAUUUCAGAAAAUUAAAGCGAAUAUCAAUUUUCGGGCAGCGCCUGUCUCGUUUAUUAAUAGCCACACUUCGUAAAUAUAAUACAAAUAUUUAUGAUUAAUUUCAGAUCAUAAAUUCUCUGAAUAUCUAACGAAAAUAACCGAAGUGAUUAACUAAAGUGAAUUUUAAAACCUAACAAAAAACAUAAAUUUUGAAUUUAUUUUUAUUUAAGGGAAUUACUUUUUAAAGAACAUGUUUUGUGUUCUUCUUCAAACCUGGUUUUGUGCAAAAAAGUGUUAAAAGGAAUUGACGUUGACGAAAAAACGACAAAAAAAGUCAAACUUUAUUUAGUAGUUUGCCUCUAAUUUGUCGGGUGCGUCUUCGAAAGCAGUUUGUUUGUUUUUGUUAGAAGCUCUUACAUGGCAGAAAUGCACUGGAAGUUUUGACAUUGCCUACCGAGGGGGCGACCUCACUUAGGGAAGACCUUUUCUCUCAUUUGGUGUCUCAGCAGACCCACAGUAGGUGUCGAGUCCGAGCUCUAACGAUGGUUAGUCACGCACAAAUCCGUUCGUUAUUGCAUUAAAUAGCGUUCAGUUGGCAUCCAUUGAAUUGAGUUAUAUUAGUCGCUUUAUUUAAAAUAUUCCCUAAUGAAGUUUCUCAAAAUCUUCCUAUUAUUUAAUUUCCUUUUACACACUUUUUCUAUUCUCACCGGUCUUCUAUCAGUACUUAUGAGUCUAAACAGCUUCUUGGUUACACAGCGAGGCAAUUAAAGACCUCUUGGACCCAAAAAUAUUUCACUGCACUGCGCGAAAAAUACGCAAAUCCACCAAAUCUAAUGGAGUCCUACCAGAAGAGCGCCAAGUAGGCUUCUAAAUCUGGAUAAAAAGGAUCUACGAACUCUCAGUUGAUUCUACACAGGGCUUUGUAGUCUUCGUUAUAGUUUCAGAAAUUCAGUGAUAGUAGAAACAAGCUCAGCAAAGUGCAGAAAGGAUGGAGCUCCAUUUCUGUAUGUGCUAUUUCGAAAUCCCUUUGGCCCCAGUAUAAUAUACGAAGGACUCAGAAAGUUCUUUGGACUCUUCGCCAUUCAAUUUCCAAAUUCGAAGCUGUGUUUACGGGCAACUGGAUGACCGGCACUCAUACAGAAAAGCUAGGGUUACCAUUUACGAGUACCAUGGGGACCUUUCAGAGAAGGAGGCUGUUGAGCACUCUCUCUGUAAAUUUCCGGGUUUGGCAGCUAGACGAUUAAGGUCACUGAGUGCUCCUUUCUUCGCCAGCCAGUGCUACUUGAGGAGUGCCAGGCUGGCACUUCAACCAUUUUACCUACCUACCUACCUAGAAAUAAGCUUGUGUCGCUUUUGUGAGAUGUGCGUUGAAACCUCUGCGAAUGUGCAGCUCUCGCAACAAAAAUACGCGCUUACGUAGGCGGCUUAACUGUAAAUGCAUUGCUGAUAUGGAGCAAAAAGCCUGAGGAAGCGCCUAAAUUCAUUAGAAGUCUUCAAUUAUAGACUCGCACAUCAGAGGUCGCAGUGCACUAUGGCUCUAUGAAACUAUCUAAGUAUUCGCUCAUGUCUGAGAGUAGAUUAAAUUAAACUCAGAUACGUUUUAUUUAAAAUUGUUUUCGUUCACGCAAAUUUCCCAUUUUUUUGCGGCAAAUUGCUUAAAAUCUUUUGCUUUGCAUUCCUAGUCCGUUUCGUAACAUCCAAAUUUGGAGGGUAGUUCUAAGUACGCUGGGAAGCAAUAUAGAAUUCAGCUUUAUUGGGCUGGAUACCAGAGCAGUAGCAGGAGUAGUACCGGUAGUAGUAUACCAUAGACCGCAACCCUUCUGUGAGCUUAAUAAAGCGCAGAUAUAGCGGUAUCCAUCUGAUACGCCUUAAAGUAGAUUUGAAAUGUAUUUCUUACUUCGGGCAGAGAUGAUCUGCGAACGGUUUAUCGUCCAGUUAAAGGAUAUUUCAAAAAUAUCUCUUACUUCGGACAGAGAGGAUCUGUGUAUGGUUUAUGGCCCACUCAAAGGAGAUUUCAAAUAUAUUUCUUACUUCAGACAGAGAGGAUCUGAUCUGCGAACUUUCAUUGAUCAUCUCCGCUGUCAUCCCAAUGAAUUGCAUCUCUCAGACACAAGUGGCCGUCAGUUUCGCCAGCUCAACUACCGCAACGCCAGCAGCCAUUCUCUGUGGUUGCCGCACUCUCGCUGGAUGAAGACUUGCCCACCUAUGUGGGUGGUGUGACUCAAGCAUUAAUUCAAUAUGGAAUAAAAGGUUCUAGGAAAUGUCGAAAUGUGUUAAAAGACUUCAGGCAUAGGCGGAAGAAGCCAAGCGUAAGUGACUACAUAAGAGGUGGUAGUGAUCUAUAGCCUCUUUAAUAGUUAAUAAAUAUAUAAAUCAGCCACUUAGCCCAAGCUUUGCGCUCGCUCCCUAAAAGCGUAAUAAACUUAACAAGAGUAAUUUAUUAAAUGAAGACACCAACAAACACUUUAAAAGUCAUUUGCACCCAAGUAAGCCGCGCGGAAUUAAGCCACGCAACCCUCAAAUGCCCACAAAAAAUAAGGAAACUAAUUCAAGUGCUUUUUAACGGUUGCGUGCGGAUACAUGGAAACAUGUCCAUUAAAUUGUCACCGCGUGUAGGCAACAACAAAACAAUUUGUCGCCACUGUGGCACCCACAAAUGAAGAAUGGCAGUGCGCUUGUACCCUGAUGGAUACUUUUGUUGUUGCGGCGUCGUGACUCUGCUUCCUGGUACCUAUUCCCCCACCAGCAAUUCCACUCUUGUCUUGUGUGGGUAAUUGAAGCUUAAUUGCUCGGCAUGCAAAUAAAAACAAUACAUUUUUCCAAUAUUUAUCGAUACAUUUGUUUAAAUAAGUUUAUUUUGAUUAAUUCGUGAGGCUACCAUAAAUAAAGAAUAGGGGGAGCGGAGAGUAGAAUUGACAUGCAAUGCAAAAUUUAUGAGCGAAUAAAGUGAAAAGGAUGAAAGUGGACAUUUUAAGUACUCCAGCUUGAAUAGUACACGAACAGUUUGAGUGGUGACUGGAGCAGUUGGAGGAAUGUUUUUAAUGACGUGCGGCGUUUAAAGUAAUUUCGAGGUUUUAGGCUAUUUUUGUUUUUUGGUUUUUUUUUUGUGGUUUUCGUUAGGCUGAUGAGUUCGAGUGGUAGCGGCGUUGCGCGGGCCCACGUUUGUCCCAUUAAGCUGGCAGCUCUUCAAGCACUCGUGGCAAUUUGUCGCCAAAAUGAAGCCUACAAGUGGGGCAGUGAAUACAACAAAAACAACAAGCAUAGCGAACAGAAGCACGCACAAAUUACAUUCAACACUUUGACAAUUUCCACUUCCCAAACGGUGUUUUAAAAUAAUGACUAUAGCAACGACAACAAAUGUUAGUAAUAACAAAAGCAACAACACUAAAAGCCUGUCGAACUACGUACUUGUGAUUUCAGUAAAUUCGCAUUCCGGCUAGCAGUGCUUAGAGCUAAACGCGCUUGCGAACAGCCGUUAACGACAAACACCGACGUUUUAUGCAAAUGCACGCGGCAAAAAAAAAUCUCCGCCAUUUCUCGAAUGUCUUGGCCAGGAGAUCGACGACUGUGAAGAGUGAGAAAAAAUGCAAUAUCAACGAGGAAGACGAAGAUGAAAAUCAACGACAAUUGAAAUUGUAUUGUGUAAAAUAUUACAACAGUAUGGUGACCUAAAUAUUUAGUUUGCACAAAAAGUAAAAGCCAUAAAUAAAUCACUAGAAAAUAAAUCGCGCACACAAAAUAAGAGCGCCGUGAAAAAAGUAAAUUUUCAAAAAUUUCAGAUUAAGCAACAGCAAAUUUCGCGUAAAAGAAAUCAAGUUCGGAAAAAAACGAAAAGUUAAUUACAUUGAUUUAUUUUGCAUACCAAAAAUCAAAAAAAAAAAAAAAAAUUAAAAUAAAUAAAUUGUAACGAAUACAGAAAGCGAGCGACAAAAUCGUAAAUACUUACAUACAAACAAAUACGUACGCAAAAACUUGUACUGUGUACCACCAGGUGUCAAUAAUAAAUUAUAAUUGUUGUCAAUUAAAACAAAAAAACAACAAAAAGGCAACACAAAAUAACCUGCCAGAGGAUUUCCCCCAUCCUUGCCAGAAAACAGCAAUCGGGGCGACUGAAAAGUUUGCAGUGAAAAGCAAGAAAUAUUGAAUUUUAACAUUUCAAUUUCUGGCCAAGCCGUCCUGUUGUGUCAGCUUGGAGCGAAAGGUGUAUUGAGGACCGUGUCGAACAAUUAAUACAGCUUAAGUCUUACGCACACUCUGCCCCUACCUCAGUGCGCAGCUCCCACGUGGAUCCCGUAGUUGAGGCGUGUGAGCUACACAUCACGAUUUUGCACGAAAAUUAUUACUUUUUCAAGUAUACACUGGUCACCUUGGUGUCUGUUAGCGUGCAUUAUUGGCUUAACGCCAGUUAUUUAUCUCGUUCAUGCGAAGGAAUUUACGUCUGUAUUGGAGGGCCCUAGCGCUGCUGGGUGCCCUCCUUUCGAUAAUCAUUGACUGGCCGGGCAUGAUGGUGUAUGCGAUGCCAGCAAGUGCAGCAGCAGCAGGGCAACAACAGCAACAACAAGCGCGCACAAUGGACACUUUAUCACCUGUGAGUGCACUUUUCGCCGAGAGAGCAUUUCACAACAAUGCAACCGGCACAACCUACCGCAGCGGCUACAGCAGUAAUGACAACAGCGACGAUUUCGACGGUGGUAGUGGUGCCGGUGGCAGCCACAUUGUUAGUGACAAAGUGCUUGUAAAUGAUAAUUUCUCUUUUAAUAGUAAUUUAAAUACAAAUCGAAAUAGUAGCAAUAGUAGUAACUACAGUGAAAGUGAGCAACGGCAGCAGCAACAGCAGCAAGAAGAAGCACCGCCUUCAACAGAGGAUCUGCCAAAAAGCAGUCGAGCGCAAAGUGUCACUGCUUUAGGUGCUAAUGCAAGCAGCAAACGCUCAAGUGCCAGCGUUGGGAGUGAUCGUAGUGCGAGCGCAAGUCAUGAGCCUGCGCCACACGCACCACCAACUUCACGCGGCGAUCUAUUGCACAAUGCGCAACGCAUCAAAGUGCUGAAUUUGAUAUCGAAUAAGCGCAAGCGUAAAAAAUUCAGCGAUGAGAGUAGCGGCAAUGAAGCAGCUGCGUAUGCUGUUGAUGCCGCUGUGGUAGCAAGCAGCAGCAACACCGUCGUAACACAUCACAGCGCAACUACCGAUCGUCAGGCUCGAUCAAGUGAUGCGGCCCACGAUAUCACCAGAACCACCACCGCCAACACACCACUCAGUUUUAGUGAAAAUAGUAUUAGCAAUAAAUAUUUAAUUAAAAAUAAUAAUUUAAAUAAUCAAAAUCAACAAAUGGCCGUGGCGCCAAAACGAACGUUAAAUAAACUCGAAACUACUACAAUCGCAACAGCAACAACUAGCAGUAAUAAACUUAAAGCUAAUAUAAAAAAUGAUAACUAUAUUAACUACAUUGAAGAGGAGGCAGUGGAAGAGGGGGAGGAUGUGCACUCUGCCGUUAGUAAUGAUUAUCAGGAUGAGAGCAGCAGCUCUACAAGCCUUCCCUACUCCUUCACAGCGGCGCCGCUCUCUGCCGAUGAAGCAGUGCUGGACUCCUCAUACAUCGCUGCUGCAGCAGCCCCUCCAUCACCCGCCUUCACAUUUGCUUCUGCGCAUCACACAGCCAUUCUGCUGUCGCGCACUGAGCGCAGCGUACGCCAACCAGAGUCCCCAUCAUCAUCCCAGGCGGAUGCGGUGGAGCAAGCGGCACCGGCUGGGGGCUCGACGUCGGCGACUUUGGCCGGUCGGCGCGCUGGUGGUCAAGUGGCUGUGCGUCAUCAUGGCGGCGCCAAUGGUGGUGGCAUAGUGCGACGUUCCUCUGACGGUAGUCCGAAAACGAGAAGACUGAACAAUUUUAGAAACUCAAAUGUCAGCAGGCAUUUGCCCAGCAAUUUGGAUCGCAAUGAGCGCUCGACCAUAUCACAUUUGUCGGGUUUGGCGCGCAAAAUUCAAAUCUACAUUAAGAAUCGCUUCAUACAACUGCUGCCCGAUGGUACGGUGAAUGGAACGCAGGACGAACAAAGUGAUUACAGUAAGUUCAAUAAGAAUAACAAUCGUUGCUUAAAUUUUACGCGUAAGUUUAUUAAUUUUAAAUUUUUCAACCUCCAUUAUACAAGGGGGCUCAAAAUUAAUCAGCCAACUUCUUUUUUGAAUAACUUGCUUACUAAAUAUGUUUUUGUUUACUAGAAAUAUAAUUAAAUAUAAAAAUAAAUAAAAAUAUGAAUAUGAAUAUAAAAUAAAUGUGACAAGCCAAGCCUAUCAGCCUAUUUUUUUGUUUCUUUUUUUUUACUGAAUAAAAAAGUGGUUUUGAGUGAUUGAUAUCUUUAUAAGGACCUUUUCGCGCUCUCUUACUUAUCUGUUUGUAUACUGCAGCUGUCCAGUUGAUAAGUGUACAAUUUGAUGUCAAAAAUUAUAAAUAUUCCGAUAGGGUGAUUAAUUUUGCGCUACCUUGAUAAGUUAAGGCUUCAUUGCCUUCCAUUUUCAAACUUAUUUGCUCAUAUUAGAGCUUGAGUAACAUACAACAACUUAUCUAUAUCUCUGAUAAAAAAAAUCGAAAAAUUACAUCUCGAAACGGUGCCCAUUGAAAGGAAUGAUUUUCGUGUUUAGCCUAAUUACGGGCACAUGAGAAAGUCAAAAUGAUUGUAUGAUGAGAAAAAUUGCUCUAAAGUGCUAUUAUUUGUAAUUAGCUUAUAAAAAAUCAGAAGCAAAAAACAAAAAAAGUACAGUGCUAUUCUUUGCAAAAGCCUUUUUAUUCCCACUUGGAGAGUUACAAGUAACCCUAAGAUGCCCUAAGGGCAUGAAAAUACAUAAAUGCGAAUAGAACAAAUGAAAACAAAUAACGAAUCGGUAUUGAAAUAACAAAUUUUGUUUGAUUUCACAACCAGAAUAAAGGAAUAAUACAAAUUAACAAUUCCUGGUAAAGUGCUUCUGGUUAUACGAGUGGCGAGUAUCACAUGAUGAGUGUAGCAACAACGCGAAAUCUCGAUUUUGGCGCCUAGUCAUGCAAAAAUAUCAACAAAAAAACAAAAAAUCAAAAACAAAAACACAAACAAAAUUGCAAUUCAGCAGCAUUCAGCACUAAUAAAGCAAUUAAAGAUACAACCAAUAGAUAAACUUCAGCCGCAACACGAUAAGCAAAAGCCGCGAGCGAAAUUCAUAAAACAAAUAUUUGAAAAAAUAUAAAAAAUAAAGUAAACGAAAUAAAAGAGAAAAGCCAAGCAAAAUUUGUACAGAUUAAAUGAGUGAGCAACAAAAUGUUGCCGAUACGCAAAUGACAGCAUGAAUUUAAGGCGUACAUAGAGGGAGCAGCAGCAGCGGCCGAAGAAGAAGAGGAAGAGGAGAAUAUAAGAAGAAGAAGAAAGCGCGGGCGAGCGUAAGCGAUCAGCAACAGCUAGCAAGUGGAACACAGUUAUUUAUUAUUGUUGUUAGCAUUUUGUUAGUCUUUAUCAGUUGAUGGAUAGCAGACAGUUUAUUUUUAUUGAACGCCAACAACAAGCCAACUACUGGCAGUGGCGGCAACAGUAGCAACAACAGCAAUUAAUUUGUAAACAACUGCAAUGAAAACAAAAUAGCAAUAUUAAGUGACAUUUACCAACAACAACAAAAACAAAAACAAUGGUAGUAACAGCAACAACAACAAAAAGACCAACAGAAACAGAAAUAAUAGUAGCAACAACAACAGUAACAGAAAUAAUAAUAGCAACAACAACAACAACUUGUGGGCGACAGCGCUAUUGCCAAUAAUGCUUUAGCUGCCAGUAGCGCCCAUCAAAAUGUAUUGAUCUUGCACUUGUGCCACGAUCACUUGCCUCAAAUCCAUAUACACACACACACACACACGCACACACCGGCACUUGCAGGCUUGCCCAAACAGCGCUUCAACGCGUCACCGUUGUUAUUUUGCAUUUAACGUUGAAUACAGAAAAUUUUAAUUGACGAUUUUGUGGUGUGGUCCAAUGUGGCAUGUAAAUUUUAUGCCACAAUGUGACAGAGAAAAUCAGGAAAAUUUUGCGAUCAAUCAGCGCUGUCAAUCCAAAUUGAACGAUCAAUGUGUGUACGUGGAUCAAAAAACAACAAACAUAGAAUUUGCUCAAAAAGACUAGCGGCGAAAUUGGUUUGCCAAGUGGCGAGCAAAAAUGGGGAGUGCCGCAGUGUCUCUAUGCCAGUGGGUUGGUGGAAGAGAGGUCUUUCAAGUUCAAAAGCAGUCAUUCACUGCUGGCGUCGAUCAAAAAUAAAUAAAGUAAAAUUACAAAAACAACAAAAACAACUCUGUUACUAAAUAUGCAAGUGAGAGUUCUAUUGAUUGCACGCAAAUUAUAGUUGACACCGAGGCAAUAAUUUUUUUUUUAAUUUUUUAUUUUUUCUUGUUUGCUUGCCCCAUCACUAGUACACUGUGUUAGUAGUGCGCUGAGGAAUUCCAAAGAAAUUGUAAAUUAAACAGCGCACGAAAGAAAGUGCAAUUGAGGGUAUGAAAGUUCGAGACCCAGAAUGGGUAGUUGAACAGGCGGGCGAAUGAGCGAAAUCUGCCCUAACCAGGAACUAUUUGAGGCGGUAGAGCAGCAAGGCGUGAUCAGUACACAGAACAGCGCACUGCUCCAGCGUUGCGCUUAAUGACGUAAAGUAAGAGACAGGGAAAAAUAUAAAAAAUCGCAACUACUGACCGCUUCCAACCAAAUGAGCGUUUGAGUGUACGAAAGGCUGGCUGACGGACUAACUGACUAACUUGUCGUUGACUGACUGAUCGUUAGCGAUCGACACUUUCCAACCGAUGAGUUCAGAUUCAUUUGUUGGCCUAGCUGUCUGUCCAUAUGUUUGCAAUUGCCACAAGUGCCACGAAAUUGAUUUGAACGCGGCAGCAAUAACAAAACAAUAACAAUUGCAAAUGUUACAACAAAUGGCAUUGCGCAUACAAAUGUGCGGAAUGCGACUUGUCUUCCUUGUUGCAAGUACACUAGAACACAUGUAUUUACAUAUUUGCGACAUUCAUGCAACAAAUGUCGGCGCUGAGUAUUGCGCGUGUUGCACGCAAUGUCGGUGCGAAGAAGUGCAUUUUAUUUUGUUUUUUGCUUUUUUAUU